CAGAUAAACUUCUCUAAUCUCUCCCGCCACCCACCUCCUCUAAUCUCGCCUCUCAUCUCUCUCUCUAUCCUAAUCCUAUCUCUAUGUUCUGUCCUUAAUAUAAAGACAUUAACCUCAUUUCUUGUAAGCAAAAAAACAACAAAAACCAAAUAUGACCACUGUUGCUGUUGAUGAUACAUUCAAGAGACAAGGCUCUAUACCUUUUAGCUGGGAGAUCCGACCCGGUGUACCCAAAACCCAAGUUUCUCAACCCGAAAACGCACCUUUUCUUCAGCCUCCCAAGAAACUCUCUCCUCUCCGUUUAAAACCACGGUCUCACUCUCAGCCUCUUCUCCCGCCGGCGCUAUCUCCGCCGUCGUCUUCUUUCAUCUCCAAGAGCCGUUCAUCUCCCGUCACCCCUUCUUUUCCAACUCCGUCGAAGCUCAAACCGCCACCACCGUCGCAGUCUAGAUUAUACUCUCCGACACCUUCUUUCCGUUCAACCCCGCGCGCUUUCUCCGAGCGGUGGCGGCUCAACCGGGUCAGACCCGGAUCCGAGUCCGAGCCCAGACCCGGAUCCGAGUCCAAACCCAAGGAAGAUUUCGGUUUCGCCGGACUCGGGUGUUUUCCGACGCCGAAGUUUAGGUUGAGGAAGAAGAGCAAGACCGGUGGUCUGAGAAAAAUCCGGUCGGACCGUGAUUACUGCUACGAUAUGGAGACGAUGUCGCCGUGGACUGUUUCUCCGAGAUGGGACUCGCCGAAGUCGUCGUUCUCUUCGCUCCGAUUCUCGCCGCGACUCGCCAACGAAGCUGAGUGGGUUGGGCUUGGGCUAUUUUGAGCCCAUUUUUAAUGGGCCGAGAUUGGCUCUUUUUAGCCAUCCGGUUAAAGUAACUGUUUGGGAUAGCAUGUAAUCUAACACUAUUAAAAGGCCUAAAUCAAGCCAUCUCCCAUUGUCCACGUGGGCAAUUAUAUUUACCCAAUAGUAAUGCUCUAAUCUGCCACAUAGGAAACCAGGUGUGGUUUUGGUCUGAAAUUGGUAUCUGGUUUUGAUCUUUAUUUGGUUAAUUCUCAAUUUAGCUUUGGUUUUUGUUACGGAGAAAACAAGGAAGCAGUAGAUAUUUGCAUUCCUUUCGUCUUCCUGUCUCUCUCUUUCACCUAUUCCGUUUCAUCGAUUCAUUUAGCCACUCUCUGUGUAAUCAAUCUUUUGUUUUAUUGCAUUCAAUCCUUUGCAAUGGAUUCCUCCUUUCACCUUCUUCUACAUAGUUGUAUUUAUAGAUCUCUCCUCACAGAUUAUGUCUCCAUCAAACUCUUAAGAUUUUAUACUCUCUCAUACAUAUCGCGAUGGAUCCGAGUUGCAAUUCUUCAAUCCCCACCGGCGAGAAGACCAAGAAGAAGUUUGUCUCAUCCUCCGCGAAAUCUCAACAUGAUGGGAAAUCUUCUGAGUCCUCCGCCACUGCCUCCAAGCCUCAUGGCAAGGCUAAAUGUCAGAUGCCUUAAUCGCUCGGUAACUGCUUUUAGACAAGAUCCGAAGAGAUUCAGUUUUCAGCCCUCAGAGUUUUUCGAAGGCAACUGUGACGUGGCCGAGGAGAUGAUCUGUACGAUGUAGUUGGCCAUCUCAGGCUAAUUGAUGGCCAACAACACCCUAUACUCGAGACCUUUGAGGGGACAAUGAAAAGGGGAGUCUCCAUUCAUCUACAGCUUAAAGAACUUGCAGAGGACCUCUUAUAGACUACCAUGAGAUUACAUAAUACACUCUGUUUUUUCGUAUUUCUUUGUCACGAUGUGAAGAUAGUGGGCUCAUAAAAGACAUAAGUUAGUUUUGGGAGGCUUAAGCCAAUCUUGAUGAGUUUUAUGUUUUUAGCAAAGACAAACUAAUUGUCAUAAAUGAAAUAUAUGAAGGAGUUUCUCAUCAAGGAACGUCGACGUUGCCUUGGCAUCUCACCAAAAAGAACUGAUGAGCUUUGGAGAAACAUCAAAAUAAGAAGGGAAGCAAUAUUAAUCAUCAUGACGAGAUGAGAGAUACCAAUAAUAAUACCUCAAAUGGGCAAUGAGUUCAGUACCACCAGCCACAUUAGCAACAUCAAUGGUUUAUCUAUAUCUGGUUUUUGAGAUGCAGAAGUUGGUACGUCUUCAGUGUCUAUGAUGAUGAAAUGAUUCUGCAAUACAGAACAAGUCUAUGGGAGGACCAAAAAGGGCUCCAUCAGCAUGAGAUAUGGUGGAGAAAGAUCUUAGCUAGCCACAUAAGAGGCUGAAGAAAUAACAGAGAACACGUUAGCACGUUGACGAGCUAGGAAAUAUGGUUAGAAUGAAGGAGAAGACAUAAACAAACUUAUUGUUUACUGUCUGUUUGUUUGUUGCUUAAGUCUGACAAAAUGCAAUAUCAUUGUAAUGAACAAGCUUAGACUCAUGAAUAAGAGAACAUGUGUUCAAGAUUAGAAGAACAAAACAGAGAACUUCCAACGUUAAAAGUAAAACAUGUCAUCUUUUCAUGUUUCCAUAUACUUUAGUUUCAUG